AUGUCUCCUACUUCAGAAUGCACUGCAACUUCAAGCCUACCUCCGCCCAAAUCUUCAUUCAAAACUACCUCACCCGGCCAUAGUCCUAUCCCAAAUCUUUCCCAAACAGACAACCUUCGAGGCCAUCAAAGAUCUAACCGUGUUCCUUCCGGAGGGAACAGAAUCCCCGGCGGUGAACCAACUCAGAGAAGCCACAUGGUUUCGGGUGGUACCCAAGUCAGGCACAGUCAUUAUUCCAUCCAUAUCAAUCCGAAGGGCGAAUCGAUUCGUAGUGGGGGCAGCCCGGCUCCGCUUCAAGUCUCUCGUGCUGAUCAAGUCGGACGAAAACAUGUAUCCACUCAUCUUACUCAAGUCCAACCAAGUCAACUUUUGAAAGGCGUGAUUCCUCAGCAGAAUCGCCUAUCAGGUCUGUUUGGCCGAUCAGGAGGUACAAGCGAUAUUAAACCCAAGGAAAAUACAAGUCGAUUUUGGCAAAAGAAAACCAAAGCCGUCCACAAUCCGUGUCAUUCCCGCGCGCCACUGGCUCCAUGUCUCUCAUUCCCCGUGAUGAUGUUGUCUUCAAUCUCUCGCUUGAGCUCUGUCGAGUCGAUCAAAAUCCUUCCCAAGUUUCACCGCCCAACGUUUCUCCAGAACAAGGGCGCACCGACGAAGGAAACGAAAGAGUCUAUCAACUUAUCCGCAUCAUCGUCAUCAUCAUCGCGCUCUCCAAAGAUCCAUAAGGUUGUUCAUAAAUAUCGGACUCAAUGUCACAAGGAUGAUAAGGAAUUUCUGAGGGCCUUCCUGAGGGAUGACGGGGACGAUCUUGAUGGUGAAGACGAUGAAGAUGAAGAUCAAUCGCCGAACCCGCUCAAGGCUACUCUCAAGUUCUUCAAAAGAAUUCCUCGAGCAUUAGACCUCCCACAUCCUACUCGGUCGUCAUCGUUUGGAUCAAGUGGUAGCUCGUCAUCUAACGAUUCUAGUCAACAAUCCUACUCACAGUCAGCUGCCUCGCUAAUAACUUCCAGUGUAGCAUCAUCAAAUCAUUAUUCUUGGAAUCGCGCCCAGCGCGCUACCCGUAAUCGGACCGAAAGAGAAUGUCGGUUGGAAUCCUUGGAGUUAUAA